AUAGGCCAUCGAGACAGGCAAAUCUUCUUCUUCCCGGACUUGUUUACUCUCUCAAUAGGAUGUCUGGACGAUUUCGAUCUGCUCUUUGGAGGGCCUUCGGACUCCAACCGUCUCCGGCGAAUGCAAUGAGAACGUAUGAAGCCUCGGUCACUCACAAUGGAGAUUGUCGGGCAUUCGUGCUCGCAGUCAGAAGCCUUGUGAGUAUGGCAGGGGAUAGCACACUAUCAUCAACUUCAAAGAGAGAAUUGGCUGUGAGAACGACAUGGCUCUCUGAAGAGAGAGGUUCUCGCUUGGUGAUGGCACCACGGGACAAUGAAGGGAAGAGAUGAUGGAGGGAAAUAAGCCAGCGUUUUUUCUUGGACCAGAUUGCGUGACCUGGGCACGUCGUGAAAAGGUCAACACUGCAUCCGUAAAGCUUCGGACUGCAAACAAUAAACAGAAUAACAGCGUUACAACAAAAUCCCAAAAUCAACAACACCACUUGUACAACCCCAACGCAAGACUCCGAGUUUCGGAUUCUGGCUUGGUGAUUGUCACAAUGAGUCAACCACCACUAUAUUACACCUCACCAGAGGUGCCUCUUGAAGAGGCCCCUUGGGCUUGGGAUGAUGAACAGUGGAUUGAAGACAGCUUAUGGUCAAUCCUCGAGGGACUUGAAACCCCUUCCGUAUCCCAAGCCCACACUUUCAUGCCUCCCUCCGAUACAUGUCAACAAACAUCAAGCACUACUGAGUCAACAUUCUACCCUUAUUUUGAUCUUCAAGGUUACAAUAGUCUUCCAGAAAAUCCUUUAACAUACGAAAGGCCGGCUCACAGCUUCUCAUCUGGUUCCCCGACAUACACUCAUACUCCUUCUCUGGGGUUUUCGCCCGUGCCAUCUCAAGACUCUCCUCACUCUGUUGAGUCUCUAGCAACAACGCCAAACUUCACAGUUGAGGAGCCCAUGGACGGCCUAUUACCCAAGGAUCCUCAAGCACACACAGAGUCGUCCUAUGAACAAGCUCAGAGCCACCCAGCCCCAACAGAUCAACCAGGUCACAGUCCCAAGUUGUCAGCUCGACGUCGACGGAGAAAGGAGAAACCAGUAAAGUGUCCCAUUCCUGGGUGCGGCAUGGGUCAUGCCUACCAGGCAGAACUGGACAGACAUAUCAUAGCUCAGCACAAGGACCAAGCAGAGCAAUAUGCCCUUUCCGUCAAGCGAUUCCCCUGCCCACAUUGUCCAAGAGACUUUGCUAGGAAAGACCAUCUGACCCGUCACCGUCAGCGGAGGCAUGGGCUGGCAAAACAGGAAAAGAGGAGGAGUAAGAAGAAAUGACCUCAGUGGUGGUGGGGUACAUCAUCUGGUUGUUGUUGCUAGCAAAAUGUUUCGUUUUUCUUCGUUCUCAUGGUUUAUCUUUGACUUUCUGGUUAGCGACGGCGUAUCUGUUUCAUUUUUGGACGAUUUUCGAGGUCAUGAUAUGGUUAUAUAGUAUCCGAAGCGUCGGGGUAGAGAUAGCAUGAAUCAAAGUCUUUGUUCAGAAAUACUCUCAGCCAGCGAUGUGAGAAGAACUUCCUGCUUGAGGAAUAUGAACGCAGCUCGGGUUUGACCAUUGUUUUAGCCACGAUCAAAUAAUCGGAGGAAGCAAAGAACUCAGGAUGCUUAGCUCUUCAAGACGGCAA